AUGGCGCUGCUGUCGAGGCUGCGCCUGGUGACGGUGGACGUGACCGGGACGCUGAUAGCCUACCGGGGGCAGCUCGGCGACUACUACUGCACGGCGGCGAGGUCCGCCGGGAUGCCCUGCCCCGGCUACACGCGCAUGCACCAGAGCUUCAACGCCGCCUACGCCGACAUGGCGAGGAGGCACCCCUGCUUCGGCCACGCCUCCGGGAUGCCCGACGUCGACUGGUGGAAGACGUGCGUCAGGGACUCCUUCGCCAGGGCUGGAUAUGUAUACGACGAUGGCACAUUUGAGCAGAUAUUCAGGCGAAUCUACUCUGUUUUCGGCACCCCUGCCCCGUACUCCGUCUUCCCUGACGCGCGACGCUUCCUUAGAUGGCUGCGCGACGAGAAGGUCACGGUCGGGAUCAUCAGCAACGCCGACCACCGUUACAGAGACGUAGUCCUGCCUGCACUCGGAAUGAACCAGGGGUCGGAGUGGGAUUUCGGGGUGUUCUCGGGCGUCGCCGGCGUCGAGAAGCCCGACCGGAGGAUCUACGAGAUGGCGCUGGAGGCGGCGGGCGGCGUGGCGCCCGAGCAGGCGCUGCAUAUUGGCGACAGCAUGAGCAAGGACUACGCGCCGGCGCGGGCCGUCGGGAUGCACGCGCUGCUGCUGGACAGGUUCAGGACCGCCGACGCCGAGAGGUGGCGGCGGGCCGGCGCGCCCGUGCUCCCGGACCUCGUCUCUGCCCAGCAUUGGCUCACCACCGGGGACCAUUCUCCUCCGGCAGUGGGGGAACCAAGAACAGCUGAGCGGGAUUAAUGGCUGA